AUGUCCAGUCCAAGCAAACCCGGGAGAUCCCACCACAACGAUCCAAACCCAUUGACCCGGCUGCUUCGCGAUUCCGAAGGGGGUACUGAUCAUGGUACCUUCACCUCCCAGCACUUCCUCGACUCUCGUCCAGGCUCCCCUCGCGUCGUCCCCGUGACCACAGGAUUGGAACCCACUGACUCGAUACGCUCAGGUCUAUCCGGGCGCGGGACCUUCCUCAAACGAGCCACGGCGACGGCAGAGCUGGCAGAGAACGCGGGGGUCAAGAGGCCAUGGCUCAUGUACUUGAGUUACUACGUCCCCUGUGUCGGCUGGGUCGGCAGGUACAAGUGGAGUUUCUUGCUAGGAGAUGUCGUUGCCGGAGGUCUGCUCCCCCAGUCUUUUAUUCGUUCUUUCUUAUUUAUCUUUCUAGUCCUAUUAUUUAUCCUUAUUUUCAUUUUUUACCCCUUCACGGGUAAGUUAGCGGCUAACGAGGGGUAUCGCAACAGUGACUAUGGCUUCGUUCUACAUCCCGAUGGCACUCUCGCUCUCGGCGAACCUGGCGCAUUUACCGCCUAUCCAUGGGUUGUAUGCGUUCGCCAUUCAGCCGUUGGUACAGGAACCCGAGCCUCUUGCUUGCGCGAUGCAGCUAACCGGGCCCAGGUUUACUCGCUUCUCGGAACUUGUCCCACUAUGGCCGUUGGUCCUGAGGCUGCAGGGUCACUCCUCUUAGGCUCGGCAAUUAGGCUGACGAACGAGCAUCAUGGAUCCCCAUUCGACGAUCACGACGGGGAUGAUUUUCAGAAUGCGAGACUUGCGGUAUGUGUGAACACGGCGCGGUUCGUGCAUGGCGAUGCACUGACGGAGCGGUAGGGGCUUAUUACUGCCAUGACCGGAUUAAUUGCGUUCGUAGCCGGCUUCGUCCGACUAGGCUUCUUGGACAGUGUCCUUAGCCGGCCGCUGUUGCGAGGCUUUAUCUCCGCUGUUGGAUUUGUCAUCUUCGUGGACCAGUUGAUUGUAUGUCCCCCCUCCCCCCGACUUCAACCCUACGGGUGCUAACCAGCGGAUAGCCAGAAGCAGGCCUGAUCAACCUCGCCAAGGAGCAUGGCAUCACCCACGCCAGCACAUUCGCAAAAGCAGUCUGGUUGAUAAAGAACUUCAAAAACGCCCACGGCCUAACCUUCGCCGUGGCCGCCGUAUCCUUCAGCAUAAUCAUAAUCGGCCGUCACAUGAAGAAGAGGCUAGCGAAGCGAGCACCGUACAUCGUCUUUCUCCCGGACCGCUUCCUCGUCGUGGUGCUCUCGGCGGUCUUCACAUACGUGCUCCGCUGGAAUCAGCAGGGACUCGAGAUCCUCGGGAAUGUGGAGACAUCCUCCGGCGGUGUUUUCCGGUUCCAUUUUCCAUUCCAGUUGCAGCAUGUCACCAAGCUUAGAGAAACCCUAUCAACGGCAUUCCUGAUAUCCGUGUUGGGAUUCUUUGAGUCCGUUGUAGCUGCCAAGAGUCUGGGAACAACGCUCGACAUCAACAUCUCCUCAAAUAGAGAGCUCAUAGCCCUAGGCACAGCAAAUAUGCUAGGCGGGUGCUUUCAGGCCCUCCCAGCAUUUGGUGGGUACGGUCGCAGUAAAGUCAACAAAGCGACCGGGGGCAGAACACCAGUUAGCAGCGUGGUCCUCAGCACACUCACAAUCCUCUGCGUCUACUUUGUCCUUCCAUACUUCUACUACCUCCCCGUAAGUCCCCCCCCCCCUCUCAUCCCUACCCACAAAAACUGACUAUACCGCAGCGCUGCGUCCUCUGCGCCAUGAUCUCAGUAGUAGCCGUAACCCUCCUAGAAGAAGCCCCGGAGGACAUCUCCUUCUUCUACCGCAUCCACGCAUACGCCGACCUAGCAACAAUGCUACUAGUCUUCCUAACCACAAUAAUCUGGUCCCUAGAAACCGGCAUCGCGAUCGGCGUCGGCAUCUCGCUGAUCCAGGUGAUCCGCAACAGCACACACGCGCGCAUCGAGAUCCUCGGUCGCGUGCCCGGGACAGACACCUUCAAGUCCGCGGAGGAAGUCCCCGCCUCAGAGCUGGAAGAGGUGGAAGGCUGCCUGAUCGUGAAGAUGACGGAAGCGCUAACGUUCGCCAACACCGGCGAACUGAAGAACCGUCUGCGAAGGCUUGAGCGCUACGGCGACGCGCGCGCGCACCCCUCGCUACCCAGACUCCGGGGCCGGGGCACUGUCGGAGGGGGCGGUGGCACGGACAAUGUGAUCUUCGACGUGAAGGGCGUGAAGCGCAUGGACGGCAGCGGCACGCAGGUGCUCCGCGAGAUAGUGGACGGGUACGUGAAGCGGGGCGUCGCCGUGUGGUUCUCCCGAGCGCCCAAGGUGAAUUCCCGCCUUUGGAUGGGCUUCGCUGAGAGCGGGAUUAUGGAGAGGGUUGGUGGCACGGAACACUUUGUCGCGAGUAUCGAUGAGGCCCUAAGGCUUACGGAGGGGAGCAGAGGGACCAGCCGUGCCGGGGAUGUUUAA